AUGCGCCAAAACUCAUCUCCGAUCAAAUUCAUGGCGGCUACCACCAUAACAGACCCACUAGUCAAACGGAAAACCAAAGUCUGUUUCUCCAUCGCCGCCUAUUCCAAAGACCUCAUCGCCAAUCUCCACCACCAUUCCAACGUUCCCAUCGACCAAGGUCUCACCCAACAAGAGCUCUCCGCCAUUGAAGCCUCCUUCAAUUUCGCAUUCCCUCCUGACCUUCGCUCCAUUCUCCGGGAAGGCCUCCCAGUUGGCCAAGGAUUUCCCAACUGGCGAUCGUCUUCCGCCCAACAACUCGAUAUCUUGAUUAACCUCCCAAUCUUGGGAGUUCUUAAGGAGGUCCACCGCCGAAAAUUCUGGGAUAACCGAUGGGGUAAUCGGCCGGAGAAAGAUGAUGAUGCUGUUCAAUUGGCUAAACAGUUCUUGGAAUAUGUCCCGGUUCUUGUUCCGGUUUACCGGAACUGUUAUAUCCCGACGAUCCCUUGUGUGGCGGGAAAUCCGAUCUUUUACGUGAACGGUUUGGAUGUUAGGUUGUGGAGUUACGACGUCGUUGGGUUCUUUCAGCAGACUGAGUUCAAAGGAGGGGUGCUGAGGCCGAGGAGUUUGGGUCAUUUUUUAAGUGUACCGUUAUGGGCGGCUACGGAGUCCAGAACGAUAGAAUUUUGGACGGAGUUAACUGAUCUCCGCCGUGUUACUCCGGUCAAUGGCGGAGAAACGGAAAAGAGGUGGUGGGGAGGGAAUGAGUUGCGGCGGUUUUUGGAGGAUGUUCGGUUGAAGUUAAGAAACGGAGGGUGGAAAGAGGCGGAUGUAGAUGAAAUGAUGAUGGUGAUGGAAAUGAAUGGCGGAGAUGAGAAAUCAUCAUCAUCAUCUUCAUCGCCGGCGCCGUCUCCGUCGUCGUGGUCAUCAUCGUCUGAUGAUGAGAGCGGCGGUGUAAAUUACGUUAGGAUGUUGUCGGGGAUGUUAUUGCGUGCGGGGUGGAGCAGGGGUGAUGUGAUGGAGUCGCUUGGUUGUUUGACUAUGGAGGAAGAUCGAACGGUUGAGAUUGAAAACGAGUGUGGUGGUGGGGAUUAUUUGUUUGACUUUGAGUACAACAAUUACAGUUGUGUUAGAGAGGGUCAAAGCCGGUGUUGA